CAAAGUUUAGAUAAUAAUUAAGUACUAAGAUAAAACUAUUUGAAACAUAGAUUUUCAAUAUUCAAAAUAAUCAGCAUUCAAAUUACUUUGUUUGAACAUAGGAUUUAAAAAUUAGGUUAUUCACAUUUAUUAACAUUUAAAAACCAUAUAGAAAGGCUGUUUCGUCUUGUCACAAAUAGUACUCAAUACAAGAAUUAUGGAGCAACAAAAGACGAGUACAAAAUUCUACGAAAUAUGUAGAUUAUGCUUGGAUGAAAAUGGCCACUGUGAUAUAUUUGACAGAAACGAAUUACAAGAUAACAUUUACCGAUGUAUCGGAGUAAAAGUGUCACUAGUUGAUAGUUUGCCGCAGAAGAUCUGUGCUAAGUGCUUAGAGAUCAUAGAUAGAGCGACUGAAUUACGUAUCAUAGCUAAAAAGAAUGACAUACAUUUAAAAUCACUUUUCUGUUGUGUAGAAGGUGAUACUUCUAAGGCUUGCCCAGAGGAUUCGGUUAAAACUGUUGAAAGCACUCAUUUCGAAAGAGACAAAAGUUUAAGCCCAGAGCGGAACCUUGUCAUUGAGAAAUUUAUAUCCGUUCGGAAAGAUUUAUUUGAAUCUUCAGUCACUGAGGAAUCAAUAACGAAGACUGAACAACAGGCUGACAGCUCUCAGAAUCGAGUUAGUAUAAAGGAUUUUAAAUGUGAAGAUGGCAACAGAGAGUAUAAAUGUAAUAUAUGUUCAAAAAAAUUUAACAAAUGGAAAAAGCUCUACUUACACAAUCGCCUUCACAAUAAAAAUUACGCAUGUCCUCUGAACUUGUGUACUAAAAAAUUUGCUACGAAAGGUGACUUGGAGAAACAUAUUCGAACUCACACCGGAGAGAAGCCGUACCAGUGUGAUAAGUGUGACAAGAGUUUUGCUCAGCGAGGAACGUUAAAAACUCAUAAGGAAACUGUGCAUACCUAAUAAUCCUUAGAGGGAAGUUUUUUGCUCUGUAGUCUAUUUCAAUGGCAGGAACAGUUGAGAUAAAUAAACAUCUUUGACCUUGAAUUGACACAUGUUUUAAUCUGUAGUAUUUAAUGGAUGAAACAUGGCGUUUUGUUGGCGAAGUUGCUAUAGGAAUUGGAAGUGAAAUUAAGUGUGAUAGUGUUGUAACGAUAAAUAAAUAUAUGUAUAUUAAUCAAGAACACUUUGAAAGUGAAUAACAUAGCACCGCUAUUAGCGAAUCGCAUGGAAUAUAUACAUCCAAGGUUUGUUUAUCUUCACUCCUCCUGCUGUUGGAAUAUAAAUGACGUCUCAUUAAAGUUAAUUUAGGAACUAUUGUUAAGUGAAAUGUGUGACUGUUGAUGUAUCUAGCGUAAUAAAACGGAUCUCCUGCAUGUUAUUUUCAGGCUACAUCUUUAUUACGAUUUGCCCAAACAAUACGAUAUUCGUACUUUUGUAAAAUAUUUUCAAUGAGUUAUGUAACACACCUCGCACUAUUCAUCGGACUAACGCCGUGUUAAACGAAUCGUUAGUUGUUAUUUUUCGAUUAUAAAUACUCCAAUGUACACCAGAAUUACUUAGUACAGAAAUAUGCUAGAAAAGAACCAGCGUAAGCUCCUAAAGCCGUCACCUUAAGGGGGUCUGAUGAAUCACUUGCUCCUUAAUAGGUAAGCCACUGUUCAAUUCAUGUCAAGGAGUUCUUAUACCUAACAAGGCAUUCUUCAAAAAUUAUAAUAUAAAAACAUAUAUUUGAUUGCCAGAAUAUUUGUACGAACAAAAUAGAUCUCAUUAAAAAAUUAAAUAGUGUGCGAAGAUAUGUCGAUAAUGAUAAAACAAAAUAUUCUAAUUCGAGUUACCAUUUAAUACGAAACUAUGCGAAGUAUUCUAGUUUCCACUGGUAGUGUAUUGUAUAUGUAUUAUUGGUUUCUAAGGGCAGAUGUAUUCCUCUCCGAACCGGAGGUAACUGAAUCAAGUAUUAUUUAUAAAAUAGGACUGUCGUUGGAGGCGCGAGGGCCGCGCGCGGUGCUGGACCUUAAUUGGACAUGACGACAUGCAGCGUGACUUUAUUGUUAUAUUGACGGACACAAAAAUUGUAAAAAAUGUUAUUAUGGUAUACCAUGUCAUUUAGUCAAAAGCGGUUAUUUAUUACAAACAUAAACUCCAAUAUUAUUAUAUGUAUAGAUUUAACGUUCUUGCUGUCACUGUAAAAUAUUGUUAUCUAUUUUGAAUAUAAAAUUAAAACUAAGAUACGGAUUUGACGGAUGUAUAUAAGUUCACGCUGUAAUUAUUAAUGGAUGUCGCGCGUUAAUUUUUUUUUUUUUUAAUAUUAAAUAAUGGCAGCAUUAUCUCUGUUUCUAUGUGUUAUUUUAAAUAAGUAUUUAUUGUGUUACCACUUUUAAUAAAUCAAGGAAUCGUUGCUUCAUAAAUAUUUUUGUUUCAAUUUGACUUCGUAUCUGCAAAAUGUCUUUGUUCUUUUAUAUUUUUAGUAUUUAUAUAAAAUACUCACUUCGACUGAAUAUUUAUUAUAAUUUUCUUUUAAUUUGUUUAAAGGCAA